UUGAGAUUAACUUGGUCAAAGGUCAACACUGUCUGCUAGAAAAUGUCAGAGAUUGAUGAGCUCGAUAUUAACCCGUUUUUCAAAGCAUUACAAAACAAGUAUUUGUCAUCUUAUGAAAGGGCUCAAGAAGAAUGUAAUCUGAUUUGUAUACCACAGUCUGAAUGCCUGCAGGGUGUCGUGAUUACAGAAAAGUUUGUUGAUACACACAUUUUAAAGCCUUCACCUUUCUUUAAAGGGCAAUAUAGAACUGUGCGAUCAGAUAAGCAGAUUGUUACAAUAGAUGAUGACAGUGACUGUAUCCAUGUACAAGAAGGUUUUCCAACAAAAACAAAAAUCAAGAUUAUCAGUGAAGAGUUGGGUUACAAUAAGGAAUAUAAACCUUACAAGAUGUUAAUCAUUGCAAGACCUCUGGAUCAUAAUGUGCUGAGACAGAGCACCAUAGAUACAUCAUCUAGUUCUGGAGAAUUUAGCCUGAAAUGUUCUUUAAAAGAUUGCAAAGAAUACCUGAAGUCAGUUCCAGAGUUUUCAAAGCCACUGAAGGAGUUGGAUGAUCAGAUACAGAAGUUUAUGAAGAGUUACGUUAUCUUGAAGGAUUAUCUCCUCGAGGCAGCACAUAGGUUGAAUGACAUUGCAACAACUACCUCAGAAAAAUGCAUUAAGAGUAUAAAAGAUAAAAAGUUAUCAGCACAGAAGUUUAGAGAUAUUGUCACAGCAGCUGUUGAAACAUGUGUGAUAGGCAGUGUACAUCAGAAGCUGUACCCAGUUGUGUGUUCCAAGUGUGCUGAUGAAGAUAGAAUGAUGUUAACUAAGUGUCGUAGUCUAAAUGGUCUUACUCCUGACCAUCUUGGAGUUCCGGGACAUUUUUCAUGUCCAGUGACUUCAGCAGUUGUGGAGUUGGCACAUCUUGAUGGUCUAGUCACACCCAUUGAAAAACUUUAUUGCCUUAAAACUACUAUAGAUAAUAUAACAGAAGAUAUUAACAAGAACGCAAGAGCCAGUCAGCCAUUAGGAGUACCAGAUGAAGAUAUACCUUGUUUAACCUCUGAUGAGCUCCUUCCAAUAUUGGUAACAGUACUAGUACAGGCAAAGUGCAAUCAUAUACACACUGAUUUAUUCUACAUGGAGAAUUUCUACUGGUCUGCUGCUUAUAGAAACAAAGAUACUUUAAGUUACUGUUUAGUGACAUUCAAAGCUGCAGUGCAAUAUUUAAUGACAAGCAGUUUUGAUGACAUUGAUUUGAAAACACAUGGCGCCAAAAAUGAAAUGAGUGUUCGAGAACUUGUUGAAAAUAGGAGAGCAAGUUUCAGUAAAAAUGUUGAAUAUCCAGACACAAAUAAUGGCAAAGAAGAUAGUGGAAAUUAUGUGCCAUCCAGGUCAAGGUAUGACCGACAGAUGGAUAAUAUAACAAAAAUGUUGGAAGAAUCAACAAAAGACAUGGGAUCAGCAAAAGCUAAACCUGUUAGACAACCAAUUGUAGCUAGUAUUUUUGGAGGGCAGGGCACUUCAGUAUCUCCACAACCUGAAGACAUGGCACAGCCUGUAACACAGAGUAAGAAAGAAGAUAUGGGGGAUUUUCUUUCCAGUUUACAGAAUGAUAUGUUCCUAUCAUUUGGAAAACAGACAUGACAGACUUGUUCAUUUAAGUUGUAGAAUUUAGUAUCUGACAAUAAAGUACAGUGAUACAGUCCCCGAAUAUUUGAGCCAAAUAAAAUUUACUCAGUACAGUCUUAAACUUGUCACUGCCUUCAGUGAUUGAAUUUUGGACUUUGUAUCACUUGUGAUAAAAUAUUGUGUGUUGUAUAUUCUGGUAUAAUACAGAGCAUCGGACAUUUUAAAGAGACUAGAAGACGGGGAAUAAUAAGAUACCUUUAUUAUGUCUCCCACCACACAGUGAUGUGGGAGACAUUUAUUUACUCCUGUCUGUGUGUGUGUGUGUCUGUCACAAAAUCUUGUCCACACUCUUUAAGUCGAACAUUUCUCAUCAGAUCUCCACCAAACUGGAACAAAAUGUGUUUGCCAAUAAGUCCUUGGCCAAGUUCGAUAACAAGCCAAAUCGGCCAGGGCACUUCGGAAUUAUGGCCUGAUAAGGCCGUUGAGGUCUUUGUGCAUGGUUGAAUUAUAUGCUACUAUUCAGAUGAUUAGGCAGUUGUGGGAGACAUGGGCUUUUAUCAAAAGCAUCUCUAGUUGUAUUUUUUUUUUGGCAUUCUUUGAUGUUAUUUACUUUUAGACCUCUACUUUUGUUAUAUAUUUAUAGGGUACACAUUGUUAAGCCCUAACACUAUCUGUGAUUAAUUGCUUUUUUUAAAUAGCUACAAUAUAUGAUUAUGAUUUUAAACUCAGUCAAGUUGUACCAUGAGUUGUUGCGUUUUGUUACAGAUUGUAUUAUGUACAUAUGUUGCAUGUUGACAAUAACAGUAAGUACCUGUUAGUACCAUUGUUAGCACCAUUGUAUUAACAUGAAGACUUCUAUGUUGCAUU